GCCCAUCGGACGCCACCAGAAGAUUCCCCCAGAAGCCGCAAGCGCCAACCACCGGUUCUUUCAAUUCAUUUCACGGUGAACAUCUUUCCCUCUCUCAAAUCUUCUACUCGAAGUUUCAACUUCAACACUAUUUUCCCGCCACCGUCACUGCAUCCUUCCUCUCUUCAAAAUUCUUCACCAUGGAGAUUAUGGAAUACCUUCUUCUCCCUCUUUGAAAUGGGAAGGACCGGAGCAGAUGGAAUCCCAUAAACGAAAUCUCAGAGCUCGAAAACCCCUCGCCGAUUGUACCAAUACAAUCCUCUCCUCCCAAUCGCCAGCUUCCAAUUUCUCCGCAUCUAUCAAACCCCGCAAGCGUGUAAGCAAAUCUGCGGUUAAAGAUGUUGCCAACAACGAGAAGAAACGCGAACCAAUUCUUGCUUCUGAAUCUACAUCCGUUAAUUUGCGAGCUUCAAACCCUAGCUCCGAUUUUCUUCCUACUGAACCUACUUCCGAUGUUCCCACUGCAGAACCAAAUCCUAGUUUUGAUUCUCUUCCUUCAGAACCUAGUUCUAAUCGUUUCCCUACGGAACUCGCCACUCCUCCGCGGCCUUCAGAUUUGCCCUCUAGUUCGGAUGGUGUUUCGGAGCCCCAUACAGUCUACAGUCGAAGGCACCCUUCGAAUAAAAGAAAGAGCGUUGAGAAAGCACUUGAACCAUUUAUUUUUUAUACCGCAUCAAAAAUCCAAAAUGGAGGUAGAAUAAGAGAUGACAACAAUAGCCCAUCGAAAGCAAGGACUGUUCCUUGCAAUAAGCUAUUGUUCUGGCAGAGGCUGCGUGCCAAUGUACAUGAGGAAGAUGAUUCCAAAAUAGAGCUUCCAAGGGAAUUUGUUGAACAGCAGAAAACAUAUUUUUCAGAAGUAGAUGCAUUUGAACUGCCCGUAGAGGAGGCUAAGUCAUCUGACUCGGAGUAGAUGGUUGUUCUGUAUAGUAUGUGUGAAGCAUAGGCAAUGUAACCCUUCAAGUUAAUAGUUUGUAUGGUGAAGCUAAGCUGGUAAAGUUGAUGUUCAUUACUCAUAUAAACGGCUUGCUUACUUCUAUCAGUCAAUGCAGGUGUUGUUUUCUCCCUAAACUCUUCAGAGAAUCUUUUACCUUUUAGUGUC